UAUUUUGCAGGACAAAUCACGGAAGGCAACAGGAAUGCAAAUAGAUGCCCUGGAAGAUGGUUACGUUGAUCAUGAGUUGUUCUCUCUUUCUUCCAUUAAGGGUAAGAAAGAUCUUGCGGCAGUUGAUUCCACCGAGUAUGAUGGUGGCAACGUUGAUCUGAGGGGUAGCGAAGAUGAACAAAACCGAGAAGAAAGCACCGAGGAUGAGUCAUCCAGUGAUAUCGAUUCUGAUGAAGAACGCAGAAGAUAUGAUGAAAAAAUAGAAGAGAUCCUUGAUCACGCGUAUGAAGAGUAUGUGUCGAAAAAGGAUGGAAGUACGAAGCAGAGGAAGCGUGCAAAAGAAGCCUAUGGCAAGUUAGAGGGUGGUGAUGGUGAUAUUAUUUUUUCUGAUCAUGAUUCGGAUAUGGAAGAGGCUGAUCCUGAAGCAAAUCCUCUUAUGAUACUGCUAGAUGACGGGGAAGGACGAACUCAGGAGGAGAUUACAGACAGGUGGUUCGGUCAGGAUAUUUUUGCUGAAGCCGUAGAGCAAGGGGAUUUAGGGAAGUAUGACAGUGAUGAUGAAAUGGAGACCGAUAAACGACAGGAAAGGGCAGCUAUUCUAGAGAGGUCCAAAGUAAAGAAAAAACAGGAUGAAAAACUCAAUAUUCCGAACAAGGCCGAGGAAAAGAAAGCAAACGAUGCUGCAGGCCCCAAAAGCACCAAACUCCAGGCUUCCAAUGCACAGGAUGAUUUUGAGAUUGUCCUGGCUCCAGCUACUGAUUCCAGUGAUGACUCGUCCUUAGAUGACUCGGAAGAUGAUGAUGUUGAGACGAAAGCUGAGGUAUUAGCUUGUGCUAAGAAGAUGCUCAGGAAAAUGCAAAGGGAUCAAAUUCUCGACGAUGCGUAUGAUAAAUAUAUGUAUCAUGAUGAUGGUCUACCCAAGUGGUUCUUAGAUGAGGAAAAGAGGCUUUGUCAACCAAUUAAGCCUGUUACAAAGGAAGAAAUUUCUGCAAUGCGAGCACAAUUCAAAGAGAUAAAUGCUCGACCGGUUAAGAAAGUUGCAGAGGCAAAGGCUCGAAAGAAGCGGAUUGCAAUGAAAAAGCUAGACAAGGUCCGCCAGAAAGCAAACAUCAUAUCAGACCAAGCCGACAUCUCCGAGCGGUCAAAGGGGAAGCAAAUCGAACAACUUUACAAGAAGGCUACGCCCAAAAAGCCCCAGAAGGAAUACGUGGUCGCGAGGAAAGGGGUUCAAGUUAUGGCCGGCAAGGGGAAAGUCCUUGUUGAUCGUCGGAUGAAAAAGGAUGCCCGGGCACGGGGAACUGGAAAACCAGGAAAAGGUGGUUCAAAGAAGGGAAAGAACGGAAGAGCGUGGAAAGGUAAAGGAUCUGUCAAGGCUUCAGGGGGCAAGGGAAACAAAGGAGCGCGCAUGCAUGACUGAAGCAACUUAAGUUUUGAAAGGCACACUUUUGGAUGAAAUUAAACAAUUAAUACAAAUGUUAGGACUAAAGAGCUCCAAUACUUUAUUAAAUUGUACCUUACAUAGAUGUUUGAUAGAUGCUCGGUAAUCAAAUGAAUCUCUAUUAUAUUCGAAGUUAA